AUCUGCUGUUUGGAGUUGGUCGUCCUCGAGACGGAAGCAUCGGAAGAACGCCGCUGCUCGAAGGUGACAACAUAAAAGCCCUUAUCCCUUCUUUUUCUUUCUUUCCCUCUCAAUGGAAGGAACUACGGACUACGAUUCCCACUUUGCGCGCUCGCUUAUGGGGAUCGUGAUCAUGUGCUAAAUUAGGGUUUUGGAUAUCCUGGCGAUGUCAAUAUAUACCAAAUCAAGCCGAGCGCCGUGUGUUUGACGAAUUGCCUAAACCAAUAAUCCUCCUUUUGGAUUUGUUUUCUGUGGCACUCUCUGGUUCUCCUUUUGGAUCUGUUUUCUGCGGCACUCACAAGUUCUCAGGAGCGAAGGAAACGGCGUGGAAACAGGUAGAUUGCGGAUGGAGUGCGUUGUGCAAGGAAUAAUCGAGACGCAGCAUGUCGAGGCCCUCGAGAUUCUUCUUCAGGGCCUUUGUGGAGUUCCAAAGGAACGCAUUAGAGUUCAUGAGCUGUGUCUAAAAAGUGGACCGAGCCUUGCCGUGCCCUCUGAGAUCCGUCUCUUGUGUGAUUUAGCUCAGCCCACUCCGUCUUGGACCGUGCGCCAUGUUGGGGGCGCCAUGAGAGGUGCUGGCGCCGAGCAAAUCUCAGUUUUAGUUCGAACCAUGGUGGAAAGCAAAGUGAGCAACAACGCGCUGCGCUUCUUCUAUUCGCUUGGCUACAAGCUGGACCACGAGCUCCUCAAGAUAGGCUUCGCCUUCCGUUUCCAGCGAGGUGCGCCGAUCACCGUCACCGUGACCUCUGCCAACAAAAUGCCGAAGCUUCACGCGACAGACGAGGCUGUGCCCGUCACUCCUGGAAUCCAAAUGGUUGAAAUUACAGCGCCUACCGCUGGGGACAAUUACAAUGAAGUGGGUGCUGCUGUUUCUUCCUUCUGCGAAUAUUUGGCUCCGCUUUUGCAUCUCUCAAAACCCGGCGUUUCGACCGGUAUCGUUCCUACCGCUGCAGCCGCUGCAGCUUCGCUGCUGUCCAACACCGGUGCUCCUCUAUUUGUUUGCAAUGUCAUGUUUCCAGAUGACCCUUCUUUGUGAAGCUGAUGCAGCUCUGUAUCCCCUCCAUGAACAUGAUACAGAGGUGCUGUAGAAGAGAAGAGGCAAAUGACUUUCGAGUUUGCAUGACACUGUAAUCGAGAAAAGAAAUGAAACUCCAAGCAUUGUCAAAGAAGAGGAGAGAGAGAGAGAGAGAGAGAGAGAAUGUGCUCUGCAGGCUUACCGCAGUUCGUUUUACGAUUUCGCCUCACAAUCUUGAAUCAUAAAAUUGACAAAAGGGGAUUUUGACAACACAAUGGCAAUAUAACAUGAACAUAACUUGGUCCAUAGAGGAACCGAAGCAAAUAUGCCAUCAGCUGCGCCUCUCAUGUCAAUAGUAAUGUCCUUUUUGAUGAGGUUUACACAAAUGGAUAACAAAACAUUCUGCAAAAAAAGGAUCCAUAAACGAUGAUCCAUAAUGUACGCAGGAGUCCAGAAAUUCCUCCUGAAGAAACAACAAUUAGACUCUUCA